CCGGGUGUGCGGCAUCGGAAACGCUUCAUGAGAGAAAGGCGGACCCCUCUACUGUCCUUUCUUUGAAACUUUAUUUUUUAACAAUUGCCUGCAGUGCACUAUAGAAGUACCAGGUGUUCAAUUUAGCAAAUUAUUUAAUUCCUUUAACGCUGCAAAUUUUAUAGCCGCCUUCCCUUGACUACGGAGUGAUCUGUCAAGAACUGCUUGCCUUGAGAGAAGUUUGACAGCUGCAUUUUUCAUUAGGGAAGCCACAGUGAACUCUUGGAACACAAGAAAAUGGGGGAUAAAGAAUUGAUGUGGGCCUUGAAAAAUGGAGACCUUGACGAGGUUAAGACUCUAAUGAAGGAUGAGGAUGUGAACAGGACCCUGGAGGGUGGCAGGAAGCCCCUGCACUAUGCUGCUGAUUGUGGCCAGGCUGAGAUGCUGGAGUACCUCCUCUCCAAGGGAGCAGAUGUCAACGCCCCAGACAAACAUGGUAUCACUCCGCUGCUCUCUGCCACGUACGAGGGUCACCUGACCUGUGUCAAGAUCCUGCUAGAAAAGGGAGCCGACAAGGAGCAGAAAGGACCAGACGGACAGAGCGCCUUCGAAGCAGCCGAGACUGACGCCAUCAAGGCUCUCCUCAAGUGAGACGGGAGCCUAGAAGGGCCGGAUGCAGCAGUGGUCCCCCAGACAGACAAGAUGGACACACCCCUUCCCCCGACCUCUGUCUUUAGCACUGCUUUGUCUGUUUGCAGCUUUUGGUUUUUUUCCCUUUUUUUGUUUUGUUUUUUAAGUUGUAGGGAUUCUCUCUUCUUGCCUCUUCAGUAGCCAUUGGAUGGAUGGAGUUGUCAAUCAUGUCUCCCUUGGGGACCAAACACUGAGGGGAAAAGCACCGACUUGGACCCUCCCUGAACACACAAGGAUGCAAUGUAAAAAAAAAAUGAAUAGAGCUUAACACUUAAAUAUGAUCGCUCUCAAGUCCUGUGUGCACUCCUUGCACAAAGAUGUUGGCAGAAAAACCGGAGACAUUCAAUAGUGUUCAGUUUUGUUGGCCGUUUUCAGUAUUGUAAGACCACUUGGUUAUAUUCAUCUUCCAAACAUCAGUUGUGCUAGAUGGAGGACGGUUGUAAAGAUGAAUUCUAUUAGCCCAGUAAGAUGGCCUCUUUCUCCUGGCUGUGUGCUGUAGCUCUUCUGUAGACCUGACUGGCUAACUGUCCAGCGCUUCAACUAGGGGGGUUUGUACUGUAUGAGAGGGUAGGUCCUGUUUAGGUGGCUAAUAAUAUUGGUUACCCACUCUCUACGUAACCCUCUACUGAUAACAUAUCACACUAAACAUUAAUGACCAAGGUUACUCUAACGUAUAAUAGCGUAAAUAUCCCCUUGACCAAUCACCACGUUGGCUAUUACAAAAAAUGUAUGUAAAAAAAAAAAAAAAAAAAAAAAAAAGUUUAAUCUGUUAUUAAAACAUUGCUGUGUAGUGAUGUCAUUAUGUCAACAUUGACCAUUAUGCAAUUUAGAAUUGCAUAAUGUUUUUCCCUUUUUGAGUGAGUUUUGAACGUGUUCUGAUCUGCAAUCCUUUGUUGCCGCAGUGUGUUUUGUAUUAGAUGAAUUUGGUGGGUGGGCUCUGAACGGAGGGAUAUACAAGGGUUCAGGGUUCAAACUGUGGAUCGGGAAAUCAUCGUCCUCUCGCUCUCUGGGUUUGAUUAACUUGCCGGCUCUGCUGCAUGUCAGAACUGCUUCUACUGCUACGUUCUCCAAAAUGGCUGCCUUCCUCUUUUGGUUGCUUUCAAGUAAUUACAAUGCAAAUGGUAACAAAAUACUUUCUCUCUGGCAUUGUUGUGAGGGGAAAACUGAAAUAAAAAAUCUUAAUUAUU